AUUUCUCAUUUGAAAAAGUCGAGUUAUGUCUCAAGGAAAGGAUGAAGGGAAACUCGAAGACUUGUACCUAAUUACCCUUAGGAAUGGACCCUUUGCUCACGAGAGCUUUUCACCUAGCGAGGACUUGCUCAACUUUUUAUGGAACGAAUGCAAGGUAUUGGUAGUAGGUGCUGGAGGUUUGGGUUGUGAACUUCUCAAAGACUUGGCGUUGAGUGGUUUUAGAAAUAUAGAAGUGAUAGAUCUGGACGUGGUUGAUGUAACCAAUUUGAAUAGGCAAUUUUUGUUUCGUCAACAAGACGUUGGAAAACCAAAGGCUGAAGUUGCUGCAGCUUUUAUCGCAAAGCGUAUCAGUGGCAUCAAUAUAAAAGGCCACCAUGCGAAUAUAUAUGAUCAACCUAGAGAAUUUUACAAACAGUUCAAUCUUGUAGUUGCAGGACUGGACUCUAUAGAUGCUCGUCGUUGGCUCAACGAAACUUUAAUCGAUCUCGUAGAGACCAACGAUGAUGGCACUAUUGAUGUUUCAACUGUCAUACCACUCAUUGAUGGGGGAACAGAGGGCUUUAGAGGACAAGCGAGAGUAAUCAUUCCUAAAAUGUCUGCUUGUUUUGAAUGCAAUCUGGAUCUAUUUCCACCACAAAUUAGUUAUCCUUUAUGUACGAUAGCUAAUACGCCUCGUCUUCCUGAACAUUGUAUUGAAUAUGCGAGUGUUAUUUUGUGGCCUCAACAACAACCUUUCGGAGCUGGUACUAAAGUUGAUGGAGAUAAUCCGGAACAUGUGAAAUGGAUAUUUGAGCGUGCUCAAGAAAGAGCCAAUCAGUUUCAUAUUCAGGGUGUUACAUAUCGUUUAUCACAAGGAGUAAUCAAACAUAUUAUUCCAGCAGUUGCUUCAACCAACGCAAUAGUUGCAGCUUCCUGUGCAAAUGAAGCAUUCAAAUUGGCCACUUAUAUUGCAAACCCUUUGAAUAACUAUAUGUUGUACAAUGGAGAAUCCGGAGUGUAUACUUAUGCUUUUGAAACUGAAAGAAGAGAAGAAUGUCCUGCUUGUGGACGUGCUCAACCCAAAAAAAUUUGUGUUUCUCCCAAGUGGACAUUGGCUGACUUGAUUGAAGUGUUACGAGAAGAUACUGAACUGCGAGUCAAGUCACCAAGUCUUACUGUAUCCUCUAGAGCUCUCUAUUAUUCAUCUCCUGCUUCCUUGGAACAAGCAACUAAAGAAAAUCUUCCUCAAUCACUGGACUGCCUUUUGGAAGAAGGAUGUGAGAUUUUUCUAACCGAUCCUGCACUUCCUUUAGGUAGAAAGUUGCAAAUUUUUUUUCAUAAAUGUAGCAAAAAGAACAAAUAAGUUGAUAUUCUUAUUCUUGUUUAUUCAAGCGUCAUUCUCACUUAUGCUUAGUACAUGUGGUUGAGUGAUCACACGGAAAGCAGCAUAUGAGGAUAACUGUUGCAAUAUAGUUCUUUUCGUAUAC